UUAAAACGACAUCUUACUGAUUCUUAUUCUCAUAAUCAUAUCCUCUCAAUAUUUUUCUCAUUUCUCAAAUCUCAUUUCUUAAUUCUUAAUUCUUAAUUCUUAAUUCUUAAUUCUUAAUUCUUAUUCUCAAACUGUUUUAUUACUCUUAUCCAAUCGUAUAUCUAUUUAAUCUCAAUUCUUCAUUUUCAUUUUCAUCUUCAUCUUCAUCUUCAUCUUUAUCUUUAUCUUUACUAUUUCAUACCAUACCAUACCAUAUUAUACCACUAAAACAAUAUACCACUAAACCACUAAACCACUAAACCAUCAAAUAAUUAUACUACAGAAUCAUUAUAUGUCUUUCAUAAUAUUAUAUUUUAAUUAACUCAUCAAUUAACAAAAUUCAUUCCUUUAUUCACUCAUUUUCCUAUUACCUCUUAAUCUUAUCACUCUAUAAUACCCAAAUAAUAAUGAAUAAAUCAACUACCCAAGUUAUCUCGAAUACUUCGAAUACUUCCAAUACCUCCAAUACCUCCAAUACCUCUAACAUACAAAAUUUUAACCAUGACAAUAUAAUCAACAAAAUUCCUAAAAUCCCAAAGAGAAAAGCUCUAAAUACUGUGUCAAAUAACGUUAAAUCAUUCUUAUUAAAUAAAAAUGAUACCACAAAUUUAAAUACCCAUUUAAGCAAAAAACAACACACAAUUCAAGUAUUCGUUGAUAAUGAAACUGAAAAUAGUAACAAUAACAAUAAAAUCUUGAAAAUUAGUAACAAUAACACUAAAAUCUUGAAAAACAAUUACCAAUAUCAAUAUCAAUAUAAAUACACCGAUCUAAACAUUUCUUUUUUAUCUGAAUAUCAAAAAAUCGAUCCACUCAGUGAUAAUGAUAAUAUCGAUAAUAUCGAUAAUGAUAUUGAAAAUUCGUCCAACUUUAAAAAGUUUCCUUAUUUAAAUGAUAAUAUUCAAUUUGAAAAUUACAAUCCAAAUGAUAGCCUAAUUAAUGACAAUUAUCAAAAAAUUGAUAAAAAUACCCAAAUUUCAAUCUCCAAUAAUGAUGGAAAAAAUAAUGUAGAAAACGAUGAUGAUAACGAUAAUGAUAAUGAUAAUGAUAGUGAAAACGAAGAUUUAAAAAAAUAUAAUAAGAAAUACAAUAACAGUAAAUACAGCGAUAGUGAAGACAGUAUAUCAUCAAAUGAUAUCGAUACAGAUAAUGAUAGUGAAACCGAUAGUGAAUUAUCUAGUAAUCAAACUCAAGAUUCAAAUCCAAAUGUAUAUAAAUCAAUAAGUAACAAUAUAAAUGAUAAAGAAAAAAUUGACCAAAUAGAUGAAAAAAAUAGGAAUAGCAAUAACAAUAACAAUAACGAUAAUGACAAUAAUAAUAAUAACAAAAAUGAAAAAUUAUUAGAUAAAAUUUGUCCUGAUCCAUUAUUCCAUAAAAUCUCUAAAGAGAACGAUUAUAAAUUAUAUUCUGUAUUCCAAUACUAUUAUAAUGAAUCACUAGAUAUGAGUGACGAUGAUACCUAUGAUCCAACAAUGGUAGCAGAAUAUGCUCCAGAAAUUUAUAAUUACUUGCAUGAUUUGGAAAAUAAAUUAAAACCAGACGCUAAUUAUAUGGAUAAUCAAGUUGAAAUUGAAUGGGAUAUGAGGGGAUUGUUAGUUGAUUGGAUUGUUCAGGUUCAUGGAAGAUUUAAUUUAUUGGCUGAGACAUUGUUUUUAGCAGUGAAUUAUAUUGAUCGGUUUUUAUCUAAAAGAAGAGUAUCGUUAAGCAGAUUUCAAUUGGUUGGAGCAGUUGCGUUAUUCAUUGCAGCUAAAUACGAAGAAGUUAAUUGUCCAUCAGUUCAGGAAAUUGCAUAUAUGGUUGAUGAUGCAUAUUCAAUUGAUGAAUUACUACAGGCAGAAAAGUUCAUGAUCAACGUUUUGAAUUUUGAAAUGGGAUGGCCAGGACCAAUGUCAUUUUUAAGAAGAACAUCAAAGGCAGAUGAAUACGAUUAUGAGACAAGAACGCUAGCAAAAUAUUUCCUUGAGAUCAGCAUAAUGGAUUAUAGAUUUGUUGCAUCGCUACCAAGUUGGUUGGCAGCAGGAUCGCAUUAUUUAUCGAGAUUUGUUUUGAACAGAGGAGGCUGGACCUCUGCUCACAUUUAUUAUUCAGGAUAUACAGAAGAGCAAUUGAAACCAUUAGCAAGUGUGUUAUUGCAUAGCUGUCGCGAUGCCAAAGAAAACCACAAAGCAAUUUUUGAAAAAUAUGCUGAGAAAAGAUAUAAAAGGACAUCAUUGUUUGUUCAGGACUGGAUCAAGAUGGUCGAUGAAUGUCAAUAAUUGAAUUCACCUGGUUUCAAUUGCUUCAAUUGUUCCAACUAAACUGCACUCAUCUGCUUUACAGCUCUAUCACAUCAUAUUGCACUGGUUACAGUUAAAUCCAAAAAACAAUAUGACACUAUACCCUUUCAAUUCAAUAGUUAUUGGAUGGAUAUCUAAUAAUUUAUCAUUAAUAAUUAAUUUUCACAUAAUGCUUGAUAGCUCAUUUUGUUACCACACUAUUAAUUAACUUUUAUUUUAGUUUCCAAUUUUUUCAGUUUUGUUUUCAGUUUUUAGUUUUGUUUUUAAUUUUUAGUUCCACCUUUCUCGCACUUAAUUUUAAUCGCCAUUUUUUCAUAUUGUUUUUGCAGUUUAUACCUUCCAUCUAUAGUCAUUCCGUCAUUCCUUCUCCUUCAACCACAGAAUUGUCUCCAACA